GGCGGCCACGUUGACAGGGCGGGAGCGGGGCCGUGUUCGCCGUGCCGUGUCCGUGUGCCCGGUGCGGGAACGGGGCCGCUGCCACAGUAAAAAUGUCUUCGCCUCCCAAAGAAAAAGCAGAGACGCGGGCCGGACACCCUCCUGCUGUGAAAGCUGGUGGGAUGCGGAUUGUGCAGAAACACCCACACAAUUCUGAUGCCAAAGAAGAAAAAGAUAAGGAUGACCAAGACUGGGAAACCAGCAGCCCACCUAAACCAGCGGUGUUCAUCUCCGGUGUCAUUGCUAGGGGUGAUAAGGACUUCCCUCCAGCUGCRGCUCAGGUGGCUCACCAGAAACCACAUCCUUCUGUGGAGAAGCUUCCUCACCCUCCACACGUCAAACAGCAGAUCCACCAGCCUCGCAAAUGAGCUCCUAUCAGGAUCUCUGCUGAACUGCUGUCAGUGAAUGAGUUGCCAAGAGAAGACAAAAACCCUUUGGGAUUCAUGCUGUCAAAUCAGUAAAAUUGACCUCUAAAAUAAUAUGCUGUUUCUUUUACUUUAAUUCUUAAGGGUUAAUAAGAUUGAAGACAUUGUUCAGUUGAUAUCCUGGAUGGAAAAUUCCGUAUUAAGUAUUUGCUGAUCAGGGGUGCUUUUUUAUGAGAUUUUCUUAUUGCCAAGAUAAAAACUUGAAUAUUAAUAAUAUGAUUAAAGAGGUUAMAAUUUGUACUUUUACUUGUGGGCUCACAAUAGCAGAUAGUUAAUGUAGAUUUUGUGCUAAGCCAGUAAGGAAGAACAGCCCUUUUGUAGUGGUACUUUUACUGUCUGGAGGGAGUUUGUUGUGUGUAUCGAGACAGAAAUCAGCGCUUGUCUUGAUUACAUAGAACCCUUGCAGCCUUCAGUACCCUACGGUGUUACACCCCAGUGCCCUCUGGGUUCAACCAGGGAGAUGAUAAAAGGGCCCUCAUACAUUCUCCAGUGGGCAGAGAUCCAGCUGAAUCUUCUUUACACUCUUUUGCACUCACAGUCUUGCUGAGAUUUUUCUCUCUGGCGGUCUGUGAGUAUGAAGAGCAGAGAGAGAAAUCAGAAUUACGAGAGCACUGCUGCUGUAGACAGCUCAUUUGUGAUCUCAUGGGUCUCACUGGGGGCUGUAUUUUUGAGRUGAUGGUUUCCAAUUCCAGUAACAAGCUGAAGGAGUUCAUGACCCUCCAUCCUGAACUUAAAAUAGGUUGGUGAAAAAUCUGUUUACUUUUUUUAAUUUAGAAUUUGAGAUCACUAUUUGAAAUUAAGAGAUACCAUGGAUAAAUACAUUUAGGAUCCAACCUCUGUUGCUCAUCAUAUUUUUUCCUAGUCUUCUUAUUUUGAAGAACAGUAGUGAUAUGAGGGAGUAAAAAGAAACUUAUUUUUCAAAUAGAGCAAUUGUUUUUAGUUUUAACCACAUAAUUAAAUUGUUUGRUUGCUCAGUUCAGUAUCACUUAGCUCUAUUAUUUUCCUUCUGUAACUCAUCUUUGUAAAAACCAGGAGAAAAGUUUUAUACAUUCUACCUACCUUUUUAAAGUGUCUUUCUGUUUUUAACUGACUACAAAUACAAUACAGCCUUUAGUACCCUCUAGGUUUAUGAAGUUUCUAAUGAUUUCAAAGAGUUARUGCUACAACCAUUCAUCUGGCAAAUCAGUAAAAUUUUAGGGUUACUCGGGUCUUUACCAGUUUGUUUAUGUUUUAAAAAAAUAGUGAGGRAAGUUUAAAAACUAUUAUUUUAAAGAAAUUCUGCAGAUUAAAUAAUUAUUUCCUGAGUAGCUGAUUUAAAACAACAGCAACAAAAUAAUGAGAAGUAUGGUCCAUUUCACARAUGGAAUAACUCACUUCAUAUGGUGUGAGGGACCUGACAUUUCCAUCUCUUUAUAGGCUUGAAAUGGAAAUGAUGUUUUGCAAAUUAUAUGCAUGGAUAUAUUUAUUCUAAACCCAAGG